AUGUUUGGAGUUAGCCGUGGUGCAUUUCCUAGCGCAACGACACAGCCAUUCGGCUCAACAGCGUCAUCAUUUGGUGCUCAACAGCAGCAGCAACAACAACCAGCUGCAACCACUUCCACCUUUGCCUUGGGCCAGCAGGCAAAUACAUCCCAGGCCCCUGCAUUCGGUAAUUUUGGUAACCAAACUUCCAACUCCCCCUUUGGAAUGUCUGGAUCCACAGCUGCCAAUUCCGCUCCUUUUGGUCAGACUCAAUUGGGUUCAAGCAGUAACGCUCCAGGUUCGAUGUUUACCGGAAUGGGCAAUAACACCUCACUUUCUGUUGGUUCGGCAUCCGCUGUGCCCAAUUCCAACGCAGGUACGAGUGUCAAACCUUUUACUACGUAUGAGGAGAAAGAUCCAACAACGGGUGUGACCAAUGUUUACCAAAGUAUCACCUGUAUGCCUGAAUACAGAAACUUCUCUUUUGAAGAAUUGAGAUUUCAAGACUAUCAAGCUGGAAGAAAGUUUGGCACGGGGCAAAGUGGCUCUAGUACUACUUUUAACAACCCACAAGCUACUACAAGUACAGGGUUUGGAAUGAUGGGGAAUAAUAAUCCCAGCACUUCUACCACGGGUGGACUAUUUGGCCAGAAGCCGGCAAACGGCAUCUAUGGAGCUGGUUCAGGCGGGGGCUUCGGUUCCGGUGCUGCUAAUACUGCAGGAAUGUUCGGAAGUUCAACUAGCCUUGCAGGUAAUUCGUCGUUCGGAGCAAACAAAACUGCUACUUCUGGAGGGCUUUUUGGUGGCACGGCCAAUCCAACGAAUAACAACAACAGCACAAGCCUAUUUGGACAACAGAAUGCAAACGCAAACGCAAGUCCAUUUGGCCAACAGAAUUCAUUUGUGGCAAAUAAUAUGAAUAACGAAGGUGCUUUUGGUCAGGUUAGUCGUGGCGCCUUCCCCCCACAGCAAGCACAACAGAGCACCGGUGGUCUAUUUGGCCAAUCAAACAACACCACAAAUGGCGGUGCCUUUGGUCAACAACAAAACGCUAGUAGCGGUUUGUUUGGAGCAAAACCUGCUUCUAGUGGCCUAUUCGGACAAUCAGGUAAUACGAACACGUAUGGAGUAAACAAUAAUACGAAUAGUGCUGUAUCCGGUGGCUUAUUCGGCCAGAAUAACCAGCAACAAGGCGGAGGAGGACUGUUUGGACAACAACAGAAUUCCAACACUGGAGGACUAUUCGGUCAGAAUAACCAACCCCAAAACCAGACAGGAAUGUUUGGACAGCAAAACUCGUCAAAUUCAUUUGGUCAACCACAGCAACAACAAGGUGGCCUAUUCGGAAGUAAGCCAGCAGGCGGACUAUUCGGACAACAACAGGGAGCAUCCACUUUUGGGGCUAACAACACUCAAGGAAAUUCUUCAUUCGGGMAAAGCAACCAACAGCAGCAAACAACGGGGGGAUUGUUCGGACAACAGAACAAUCAACCACAACCGCAAUCUGGCGGGUUGUUUGGACAAUCUAACCAAGGCCAGACCAACAACCAACCAUUUGGCCAAAACGGUUUACAACAACCACAACAAAGCUCUAGUCUUUUCGGUGCAAAACCCACUGGUUUAGGUACUACAGGAUUAUUUUCUAACAGCGCAGCAAACCAAAAUGGUGGCCUGGCUGGAAAUAAUUUUCAACAGUCAUCAGGAGGUCUAUUCCAAAACAAACAACCGGCCUCAGGAGGCCUGUUUGGCGCGAAACCAGCAGGCUCUGUCGGAGGCGGAUUGUUUGGAAAUAGUCAAAGUGCCAAUCAAAACAAUACCGCUCCAACAGGGUCUCUGUUCGGCAACAAGCCUGCUACAAACUCUCUAUUCGGUGGUGCAAAUACCACAGCCCCAAGUGCCACUUCAGGCGGAUUAUUUGGACAGAAUAAUGCCUCUAGUACAGCCGCUACUUCAAAUUCUACCGGCUUGUUUGGAAAUAAACCAGCCGGCGUUGGAGCAUCUACACUUGGUGGAGGACUGUUUGGAAACAAUAACAGUUCAUCAAUGAACAACGCCAUUGGUUCAACAGGUUUGUUUGGUAACAACAAUUCAUCUCAACCUACGAAUGGUGGGGGUCUAUUUCAAAACAGCACCGGCACGAAUAUUCCAGGUGGAGGAUUGUUUUCUCAAUCUUCUCAGCCAACCACGCAACCGCAAAACAUGCUCCAACAGCAACAACAGCAGCGACUUCAACAACAGAAUAGUAAUCCAUAUGGUACCAAUGAACUAUUUUCUAAGGCCACUGUCGCUAACACAGUAUCUGGCCCAAUUCAACCAAAUGCUACAAAAAUCAAAGCUGAUGAGCGCAAAAAAGCAAGUUUGUCUAGCGCUUAUAGAAUGGUGCCCAAAACAUUAUUUGCAACUAAACUGAACUCCAAUAAUGUUGUAAUUGAUAAAACCAAGACUGAUGCCGAUGCAAAAUUAUAUAUUUCACUUGGUAAAAAGAAUAACCAAACUACAAUUUCCAACCAACAAGAAGAAACUUUAGACGAAAGCAUCUCGAAGGCUAAUUUAUUAUUCAACCCCGAUAAAAGAUCAUUUAAGAACCUGAUCAACAAUAAAAAGUUGCUAACGGCAACUGAGGAAAAGAAAAAAGGACUAUCGAGCAGCAGCAGCAGUAAAAAUAGUAACAGCGAACAGAGAAUGAUACCAGCAAUGCUACAGGUAGAUGAAAAACAAACUACGAGCAGCGGUAACCCCUCAACUCUGCCUUCAAAAUCCAUAGAAGAUCAAAACAGUACCAAGAGUCAACUAAGGAGUAUUGAUGAAGAAAAUAAGGAGAAUAUUAUUAAUUCAAAAACCAAAGAAUAUUCAGAAGACAAUAAAAAGGUAAUUGACGUUGGAGUUACUGAGAAGGAUGCUUCCUUCAUAAAUGAAGAUUAUUAUAUCUCCCCAUCCAUGGACACUCUUUCCUCUUACUCUUUGCUACAAUUACGCAAGGUCCCACAUUUAGUAGUAGGCCAUAAGAACUAUGGUAAAAUAGAGUUUCUUGAACCUGUUGACCUUACUGAAGUGCCUCUAACUUCAUUAGGAGGAAUCGUUAUCACUUUCGAGCCUAAAUCCUGUAUAAUAUAUGCGAACUCAUCAAGCAGACCGAAGAGAGGCGAAGGUAUUAACGUUCGAGCUAAAAUUACCUGCUUCAAUUGUUAUCCUGUAGAUAAAUCUACAAGGAAACCUAUAAAGGAUCCAAAGCAUCAAUUGGUCAAGAGGCAUAUUGAACGCUUGAAGAGGAAUCCAAACUCUAAAUUCGAAAGUUAUGAUGCCACUAGUGGUACAUACGUAUUCAUUGUAAACCAUGCUGCGGAAUACAUGUUUUGA